GCGCUUAGUCUAGUUUGGUCUUCGGUUCGGGACGGUUCUCCUCAGGAGUGCAGUGAAAUAUCGGUUAAACGAGACAUCCGUUCCUUCAUAUGUGUAUGUGGUGGUGGAAAUUGUGUUACUGUAUUAGUAGGGAAAUGUCCUAGCAAGUAUAAGAAAAUGUAUGCCAACAGUAGCAAAGAAAGCAUAUAAUGGAAAACGCUUAAUUUUUCUGUUCCCCGUCAGUACUACUAUCGACGCUAUUUCAGAGUGGAGAGUGCUUCGAAAAGGGGGUAAUUAAAUACCACCAUUGUAUUGGGUGGCUCAUAUAAGUCUGAUUUAAGUGAUUUUUCCCGAUUUCCUUGGUAUAUAAUUUCAUCGACAUCUCCUUCUUCAAUUUCCUAAUCGAUGAGCGUUAGUGAGUGAUCAAAGAAGUACAUUUCAGAAAAGAAUCUUAGAGAGAAUGUGGUAUAAUACCUGAUUCAGUGAGCUACGAGUUGUUAUGAUUUGUGUUCGACUAAGGCUUUUCCUCUCUGGCUCCCUUCGUUUUGCUACUGCUCUCGGGAAAACGUGUGAAUGUUUGGCUAUGCUGUGAAGUGUCCUUUCACGCUUGUGUUUUCGUAUGUUUUCACCAUCAGCUGAAUGUCAUCAACCCUCGUAGCUUCUAGUCUGUUAGUGAAGUGUUGUUGCUCACACCAAUUUCCACUGUUACUCCUUUGAAGCCUUACGAAUGUUGGUGGUCUGGUGGAUUACUCGUUACUUGGCAUCAACCGGAAUUAAUCGCCAGAUUUGCGGUGCCCAUAAGUGUGGUAUUUGAAAAAAAAAAAAAGAAACAAGCGCUCUGUCCAAUCCCGACCGCUCCGUUUGCGAAAUCGAAGCCUUGCCUGCAGUCGAAAACGAUGGUGCAAAAAUUGCAAUCGAGAGUGAAUAAUUUACGCAAAUUGGGGAAAAUAUGGAUACAAAUUUUCCUACUCGUGUUGAGCCUGAAUGCGCAUGUCCUCGUUGUGACAUCUCAGCCACAGCAGCAAUCACAACAACAACAGCAAAAGGAAUUACAACAGCAGCAAUCACCGACCAAUUUGCCAUCGCCACAGAAACGAGGCGGUAGCACCGACACGAGCAAGGACCACUGCAAUAAAACUGUCGAUAUUUACGAGGAUGUUGCAUCGCCAGAGGUGACGAACCUCAACCGCAAUAGGCCGCUUACCUGCUGGUACCGGUUCCGGAGCUUCCGAGGGGCACCCCGUGAUUGGGUGCUGAGGUUGAAUUUCAAAAAGUUCAAAGUUGGAACGUUACUCAAUGCGACGCAUUGCGAUGGCGGCUAUCUGCAGAUCGUGGAUGGCAACGCCAAAACCGACGUAUCGAAUCGUCGGGAGCCGGGUCAGUUCUGCGGCGAGUCCGAACAACCGCAAACAUUCAUCAGCGAAACAAGUGCCGUCAAAAUCGUCUUUCAUACCGAUAAUUUUACCGAUCAGACCUAUUUUGCCUUUGACUCCCGGGCGGAACAACAGAUGGAGGUGUUCAAUCGAUACGGCCCCCAUCCGGAGCUGUACCCGAAUCGACGCGGUGAAGUUGUCCAAGGCUCAUAUUGCGAGCGGGAAUUCCGAGACUGUCGGCUGCAAACGUGUUACGUUCAAUCGCCUGCCUACCCGGGAAUUUAUCCGCGGGCACUCAAGUGUCGAUACCGACUACACACCCGGCUGCCCUUUAUUAAACUCUACAUCCAGAACGAACAGUUUGCCGUCGAUGGUCAGAGGUGCGAAAACAUCAUGACAUGCCCGAUGAAGGAAAUCGGCUCGGGGUCUGAGCACUGCCCGUACGAUUGGCUGGCAGUUUACGACGGCCGAGAUGAACACGCUCCUCCGAUUGGAAAAUUCUGCGGAAUGGGGAAAUUUCCCUUCAGCAUUAUUGGAACGUCACAGCACAUGUAUGUCGAGUUCGUAUCGUCGCCCGCGGGGCCACUGCUCAAUACGGGAUUCCAUUUCAACGUUGGGAAUUGGCCGGGCCACGUGGAAACUGUCGGUACCAAGCACGGUGCCUGCGAUUGGCUGUUGAGUUCAGAUGCGCUGAAAGCAACGAGUGCUUCGGAGGGAAUAUUUCUUAGCGUGGCACAUUGGUAUCCACCGAACACAUCUUGCAGCUACCACAUUCAGGGAAAUGAGGGUGAAAUUGUGCGACUAUACUUCCCAAGUUUCCGCAUCAACCGCAUCGAAGCUCCCAUCAUCAAGUAUGACGAAGACUGCGCCGAAUCACUCACCAUCUACGAUGCCAACCAUCCGGAUCCAGCGCGGAUAAUCAAAACAUUCUGUGACACGUUCUCGAGGCCGAUGGAGAAAAUUGACUUCGUCAGCACUGGUCGUUCGUUGUAUGUUAAGUUUUUAAGCAAAACGGGUUCCUACAGUGGCAGUUCACUCUACUACUGGGCACACUACGAUUUCUUCAACAACACCCGCUACGGUGAUCCGGUGCAAAACACACUCUGCGAUGAGGUGUUCUACGCAUGGAAAUACAGUAAAGGAGUUCUGGGCUCGCCGAGGAAUACACUCAUCUUCAAGCGAGCAUCGGGAAGUGACGUGCGGUGUCAGUACAAAUUUGUCACUGAUCGAAGACUGUUCUCGCGGGUUGUUGUCGAGGUAACAUCGAUCACUUUCAAGGAAGUGCCGUACUCGAUGAAUGCUUGCACCAGAUGUCACGAAGAACGCGUAGAUAAGCUGAUCCUGUGGGAAGAGAAAGACAAGAACCAAAAUCGAUUAGCAUGCUUUUGCGAUAACAUCCCGCGCCCAGUGCGUGUUAUUUCGUCAGGUGAUCAGAUGAAUCUAGAGUUGAUCAUCCAAGGACAGCAUGCUACAACGAGUUACUUCAAGAACCCCCACACAUUGUUCGAGGCGAAUUAUGAAUUUGCUCACGGCCCAAUUUGUGGGCCAAUUUCGUUGGGUCCGUCCCCGGAUGGGGAACUGGUGUUUCCAUAUAAGAAUUCACUAGGCCUUCAGUUAACAGAGAACAGACGAGAGAAAUGUAUCUGGGAACUGAAGGUAGCCGCUCAGCGAGAUUUGUGGCUGCAUUUAGAUAAGGCACGAUUUGCUGAGAGAAGUUGUGAUCAUGGUAGAAUCGAGGUCUACCUGGCAGGACGUUUAGAGCCAAGGUUCAUUAUCUGUCCAGAAAAUGUUAGUUUGGCGAGAGAUUUACCAAUUCUUUCAGCGGCCGAACUUGGGGCGGUUGAAAACGAAAACGAACCAUUGCCGGUGCUAAUUCAGUACACUGGAGAUAGUGCUAUUGGCAAAAAUGCAUUCAAAUUCGUUUGGACUGAACUGUUUCACCUACCAAGGAACGCUGACGGGACACUAGCAACAUCAUCUAUGUUCAAGGAUAGUUGUGAUUUUUACUGUCCCGGAGACCAACAUGUAUGCAUUCCGGAGUAUCUACUCUGCAAUGGUUACCAAAACUGCCCGAAUGUGUCGGGGCUGCGUGUGGUUGAGAGCAAUAUCGACAAAAACUACGAGUACAUCGAAGAAAACUACAUCCGUACUGGAUUGUUCGAUAAAGAAUUCCUGCUGAACAUAGGCUAUCUAACUGACGAAGCGCCAGAACUCUGUCGGACUAAGUACAUCCCGAAUAACGGAGACUAUCCGGAUAUUGUCGAAUGUUUUCAGUUCCCGAUAAUUCAAAUGGUUGUGGCCGGUGUCGUUCUCAGCACGUUGAUCAUACUCGCCUUCACAAUUUACUGCCGAUUAUACGGCCAAAAAUACUACGACUGAGACGCACCUCCUCCGAGCUGGGGCAGAAACACUUGGUCAGCCAUUAUUGUAGAAACCGUGUAGCCAAUAGAAGAAUUCCUCAAUAAACGAUUAGGUUUUAGUGAAUCAAUACUCAACCAAGCAAACAAGCAUGCCUUCAUUUUUCUUCCUUUGCUUCAGUUUAUUCGUCAUAAAAAACCUACACUCAAAUACACAAAUUUACGAUUACCUACCAUAGGAAUCUUUAAAGUGCACUCCGAUGAAAAUCGAUACACAUUGUUCCAAAGGAUGGCUGCUAUGAAACGACAAGUUAGUCGACGGAGGAAGAGUUUUGCUAGCUUCGUUUCAGAAGUUAGAUGUUGGUCUAGCCUACGUAGGACAUCAGCUAUCCUUAAUUACUCCAUUGUUAGGCAAUAUUUUUCCCGAUUAUUUUUUGUUCUGUUUUGUAGGAUCAAGUUUAAAUAGUAUCACUCGCCAAGUAAGCGAUCCCAGUUAGUCUUUUACAAGGUAAACCAAAGAGAAAAAUGACACAGACGGAGAGAAAUAUGUUGAUAGUUUAUUGGUCGUUUUCGAAUGCAUAUAGAAGUAAACAACUCUCAAGUCAAAUGAUCAGAUUAUUUGAAGUAGAGAAAAAGUUAUUUAAAGAAGGAUAAAUUUAAACCGCACUGCACAAUUUGUAAAUAAGCAAGAAAAAAACAAAUCUAACGAGAUGAAAUAGGAAAAAAAACAAUUCAAUUAUAUACAAUUGCAAACCAAAACAUGUAGAAACGAAAAAGGAAAGAUGAAGGUUAAUAAAUUCUAUUGAAGAUGAUAUAGUGAA